AUGGCUGUAUCAGUAAGAUGCUGGUCUCUAGGUUCGAAUAACUUUCGUUUUUCUAUUUUCUCAAAUAAACACCUUAAGGAAUACUUUUUAGGAUGGAAUUUCUCUUCUUUUAGUUUUGUUUUUUUUUUGUUUUUUGGGGGUUUUUUUUCACAUCCCAUCACGAUUUCGACCGAAGAAUUCUCCGGUUACCACUCUUGUGAAACUGGUAAAUAUUUAGCGUAUUAUUUUCCCGAUCUCCAACAUUUGGGUGAUUGCAUUGUUUGUUCUUUAUAUAACGUCCGUCAUCGUCGUCCCACCGAUUUGAAUCCCCCUUCUUGUCUGUCAAGUAACGCCGUCCUGUUUGAAUUUGUCCCUCCAAGUCCGUUCAUACCCUGCUACAAACUCCGGCUUGUUCACCUUACUCUACCCAAUCCCCGGCUAAUUCGGUUCCGGCUAUGGCCAGUGCGGCAUCUGUCUAUUCCCUCCGAGCAGUUUAUAUCCGUCUCAUCUCGCACGGCCAGUUCGUAUCCAUCGCACCCGACCCGGCCAAUUUGUAUCCGUCGAAUUAAAACUCGGCCAGUUCGCAUCCAUCGAAUUAAAACUCGGCCAGUUCGCAACCGUCGAAUUAAAACUCGGCCAGUUCGCAUCCGUCGAAUUAAAACUCGGCCAAUUCGCAUCCGUCGAAUUAAAACUCGGCCUGUUCGCAUCCAUCAAAUUCAGCCCAGUCAGUUCGCAUCCAACCCGGCUAGUUCGCAUCCGUCGCAUCAAGCGCGGCCAGUUCGCGUCUGUCCCGUUCAGCCCGGCCAGUUCGCGUCUGUCCCGUUCAGCCCGGCCAGUUCGCGUCUGUCCCGUUCAGCCCGGCCAGUUCGCGUCUGUCUCGUUCAGCCCGGCCAGUUUGCAUCCUCUUCAUCCAGCCCGGCCAGUUUGCAUCCUCUUCAUCCAGCCCGCACUUUUCCUGUCUGUCCAUCCAUGCCAGCUUACUCACAUCUCUCUCUUUGUCUAUUUAGCAAUCCGUGUCUGUUCGCAACUAGCUACCGCUCUUUAACUUCACCUCUACCACCGAAGCAUCUAAAAGAAUUAGGUGCACAAACGGCAUUUCAAUCGAGAAAACACUUCUGCCAAUUCAAAUAG